AUGCAGUACCAGCCCGCGGCCAGGCCCGUACCCCCCGCGCACCCUACUCCGUUUUACAUUGAAGACAUUCUGGGCAGAAGUGAUGGCACUGCAAGCGCGUGCUCUCCGCUCGUCCCCGCGCCUGCACCCGUCCCCGCACCCGCACCGGCUUUACCCUCACCGAACUCAUCAUUCACCAGCUGGGUGCCGCCUUACCGGAGCGCUGUGUACGAGCCAACUCCGAUCCACCCGCAUCAGAGUCCUCACCCGCAUCCACACCACCACCAUCAUGCCGCGCUCGCCGCAGCCGCCGCAGCCGCAUAUGGAAACCCUCUGUACCCGUUACACCGCGCGCUGCUCGGAGAUUACUCACACGCGCUCAUCAGACACGACCCGCUCGGUAAGCCCUUAUUGUGGACUCCGUUCAUUCAGCGCCCUCUGCACAAGAGGAAAGGAGGACAGGUGCGCUUCUCCAACGAUCAGACCGUAGAGCUGGAGAAAAAGUUCGAGACACAGAAAUAUCUCUCACCACCGGAGAGGAAACGACUGGCCAAAAUGCUCCAGCUGAGUGAGAGACAGGUAAAAACGUGGUUUCAGAACCGCAGAGCUAAAUGGAGGCGACUGAAACAGGAGAACCCGCAGGGCUCUAAGCGCGAGCUGGAGAGCGAGCACGCGGACAGAAGCUGCGCGCUCGCGGAACCCCGAGCAUCGGACCCGCACCCCGCGCGCUCCUCUUCCUCCUCCUGCUCCUCACCGUCCUCACGCGCGCUGAUCGAGUCGGAGGUCUCAGACGAUUCAGACGGAGAGCUGGACAUUGAGGAUGACGAGGACAUGUCACUCAGUCCUCCGCUAUGAGGACGACACUGUAAACACGGGACAAGUGGACAUUUAUUUAUCUCCGGAUUCAGCAGCGUCUGGACUCCACUGUAAAUAGUAAUAAUGAAACCUUUUCGUGUCAUAACUUUUGUCGGAUCAGACUCUCCGGUGUUGCUCACGCGACACACACACACACACACACACACACACACACACACACACACACACACACACACACUGUAUUUUUAGCAUUAUACUAUUAACUCUCUUUUUGAGCUUCAGUGAACCCCAAAGAUCAACUUCAUGUUUUAAUUUCCAACAAUUAAAGCGCAGCUUGCUGUUGGAGCCCCUGAAAAAGUGUGUUAAAACAAAUGGACAGUUUAAUUCUGAUAACUGAUGUGUGUUAAGUGUUCUGCAUUAAGUCCUAAGAGACUGAUUGUAAAUAUUUUGUGUAUAAAACGCUUAUUAAAUGGUAUCUUAUUA